CUUUAUACUAACCACCACACCAUAAUACUCCGUAUAAACAGAAGGAAAAAAUAAAGAAGAAAAAUGCCCCGCACCGACGAAGCCGAACACUUCAUCAACGCCGUCUACUCCGCGGUCCAAGAAAUCCCUCCGGGAAGAGUAACGACCUACGGGCACAUCGCAACAUUAUUAGGAUAUCCAAAACGCCCCCGCCAAGUAGGAAUCAGCCUGAAGCAUCUCCCCGCCCCGGAGACAGACAACUUCUUCCAUUCGGGGAAUGUGCCGUGGCAGAGGGUGAUUAAUUCACGAGGGAUGAUUUCGCAUCGGGAGCCAGGAAGUGCGGAACGACAGGCGGAAGCGUUGCGGGCUGAAGGGGUGGAGGUGGAGGAGGAUAGCAUGGGCGAGUGGUAUGUGGAUUUUAGGCGGUAUGGGUGGUUUCCUGAUGUUUUGCCGAGUGAGGAUAGUGAGGGUGAUCAUCUUGAAGGUGAUGAGGGUAUAGAUCGAUGAUAGUUGGUUGGGCUACGAAGUUAAGAUUAUUCAAUGCACGCAGUAUCAUAAGUAGAACAAUGGCCUCUCCCAUUCAUGCACACAAUAUCUACAGUUCCCCGUAGGGUAGAUCCCCAUUUUCGGGCCAUAUUUCCCAUCAGCUGUGGGAGCAUGCAUCAGACAUGAACUAGACUCGGACAAGGAAAUAAGUAGGAUGGUAAGCUCGCGACUCUAUAAGUU